CCCAGCAUUCGCGGCGUGCCGGGUAUAUAAGGGGUGUCCGACCGGCCAGACACUCCCCAUUCAGUCGCCCUCGUCAUCGGCUUUGUGCUCGUUUCUCGUCCUUCUUCUCCGUCGCAGUCGUUAAAACCGUCUUGACCACGGCGUUCAGCAUGCCUGGGUUUGGUGGUCCCCGUUUUGGAGGCAGUAGAGGGGGAUCUUUAGGUGGAAAGAAGUUUGGAAACCCUGGAGAAAAACUUACAAAGAAGAAAUGGAAUUUAGAUGAGCUUCCCAAAUUUGAGAAGAACUUCUACCAAGAACAUCCUGAUGUGGCCAGGCGUGCUAUGCAAGAGAUUGAACAAUAUAGAGCAAGCAAAGAGAUCACAGUUAAAGGCCAUAACUGUCCCAAACCAGUUAUGAACUUCUAUGAAGCUAACUUUCCUGCAAAUGUUAUGGAGGUAAUCCAGAGACAGAACUUCACUGAACCAACUGCUAUUCAGGCACAAGGCUGGCCUGUUGCCUUGAGUGGACUGGAUAUGGUUGGUGUAGCACAAACUGGAUCAGGGAAAACAUUGUCUUAUUUGUUGCCUGCCAUAGUACAUAUAAAUCAUCAGCCAUUCCUGGAGCGAGGAGAUGGGCCUAUUUGUCUGGUGCUGGCACCAACUCGAGAAUUGGCCCAACAAGUGCAGCAAGUGGCUGCUGAAUAUGGCAGAGCCUGCCGUUUGAAGUCCACUUGUAUUUAUGGAGGUGCUCCUAAGGGACCACAAAUACGUGAUCUGGAAAGAGGUGUGGAAAUUUGCAUUGCAACACCUGGAAGACUCAUAGACUUCUUGGAAGCUGGAAAGACCAAUCUCAGGAGAUGCACCUACCUUGUCCUUGAUGAAGCCGACAGAAUGCUUGAUAUGGGAUUUGAACCCCAAAUCCGAAAGAUUGUAGAUCAGAUCAGACCUGACAGGCAGACUCUGAUGUGGAGUGCAACAUGGCCUAAGGAAGUUAGGCAGCUUGCAGAAGACUUCUUAAAAGAACAUGUACACAUCAACAUUGGUGCACUGGAGUUAAGCGCAAACCAUAAUAUUCUGCAGAUAGUAGACGUAUGUCAUGAUGUAGAGAAGGAUGACAAGCUUAUUCGAUUGAUGGAAGAAAUUAUGAGUGAGAAAGAAAACAAAACAAUUGUAUUUGUGGAGACCAAAAGAAGAUGUGAUGACCUUACAAGAAAAAUGAGGAGAGAUGGGUGGCCAGCAAUGGGUAUCCAUGGUGACAAAAGUCAACAAGAGCGAGACUGGGUUCUAAAUGAAUUCAAACAUGGGAAGGCUCCUAUCCUGAUCGCCACAGACGUUGCCUCCAGAGGUCUAGAUGUGGAAGAUGUGAAAUUUGUCAUCAAUUAUGACUACCCUAACUCCUCUGAGGACUAUAUCCACCGAAUUGGACGAACUGCCCGCAGCACCAAAACAGGCACAGCAUACACAUUCUUUACACCUAACAAUAUAAAGCAAGUAAGCGACCUCAUCUCUGUACUUCGUGAGGCUAAUCAGGCAAUCAACCCAAAAUUGCUCCAGUUGGUUGAAGACAGAGGUUCAGGUCGUUCCAGAGGUGACCGACGUGACAGAUAUUCUGCGGGCAAAAGAGGUGGAUUUGGUUUUAGAGAGAGGGAAAACUUUGAAAGAACCUAUGGUGCAGUGGGCAAGAGAGACUUCGGUGCAAAAGCUCAGAAUGGUGGCUAUGGUGCUCAAGGUUUUGGUAAUGGAACUGCCUUUGGAAACAGCUUUGGUGCAACUGGCAUGCAGGGUGGCUUUAGGGCUGGUACUCCAGCUUACCAGAAUGGCUAUGAUCAGCAGUAUGGAAAUAACAUGGCAAACAUGCACGGUGCAAUGAACCAACAGCAGUAUGCAUACCCUGCAACUGGCACUACGCCAAUGAUAGGUUAUCCAAUGCCAGCAAACUACACCCAAUAACUUAGAAGUAUAUUUAAGUGUCUUGUUUUUCAUAAUUGCUCUUUAUAUUGUGUGUUGAGACAGGAUAGUUAUUUAAAAUCUUAUGGAACAUGCAGAAAUGUCUGCAGUGCAGCAGUAAUUAUGGUGCACUUUUCCGCUAUUUAAGUUGAAUAUUCUCUACAUUCCUGAACAAUUUUUAGUUUUUUGUACUAGAAAAUGCAGGCAGUGUUUUCACAAAGUAAAUGUACAGUGAUUUGAGAUACAGCAACCGGAGGCAACGCAUGGCCUUCCAAUAAAGAUAUUUGAAAACCGAA